CGUGGUUCUAAUACAUAACAUUCUGAAGUAUAAAGAGAUUUGUCAAACAUUUGGACACUGUUUUCGUUAUCGUUACCUAUUUUUGUGUGUGACGUGGAAGACUGUUGAGGCUAUCUCUGGUGCGAUCUACACAUUGAGAAUUCACUUUGAAUACUUUUCAGAACAAACCAUUGAUGCAAGGAUUUCGAUAUCACAGGUAUCGUUUACUACCUCCGUUAUACAGUGAAAAAUAAAACAAGUGAACAAAGAAACGACCUAGUAUAUCCGAUAAGGAAACUUUUAAAGAAAAUAAAGAUCUAAUUAAAAAACAAAUGGUUCCAAUGUUAGAUCUAAUAAAAAAGAUAGGUACAAUGUUCGAAGGAAUUUCAACACUGAAUGUGACAACCGGUCUUGUAUUUACAGUGGUUUGUCUGUUUGUGUGGACGUGUACACGCAGACCCAGAGGUAUCCCCCCAGGACCUCUGAUCACCAUACCCAUCCUCGGACACCUUCUUCAGAUCGGGGCAAACCCCAUUAAGUCAUUCCAAAAAAUGAGGAAACAAUAUGGCGAUGUGUUCAGCGUCUACAUCGGAAAUCGUUUGGUCGUCGUCAUCAAUGGAUUGGAAAACCUGAAAGAAGCGUUUGUUAUCAAAGGGGACGUCUUCACAGCACGUCCUAACACAUAUGUUCAAGACAUUGUUGCUGGAAAUAAGGGGAUAUUCUUCUCCAAUGGAUCCAUAUGGAAAGAACAACGGAAAUUUGCCGUAGCAACGCUGAGACACUUGGGUAUGGGGCGAAAUAUUCUGGAAGCAAACAUUCAAGAAGAGGCAACUGUGUUCCUCGAAGAAUUAGCCACAACAAGAGGACAAGUUACAGACAUCGCUCACCUUGUUCACAAUGCCGUUUCAAACAUAAUCUGCACUUUAGUUUUUGGUAAAAGGUUCCAAUAUAAUGAUCCGAAAUUUGUAAAACUUUUGAAGGUAGUGGCAGAAGAUAUAUCUGUUUCGCCAUUGGCGGACUUUAUGCCACUACUGCGUUUUGUACCGGGAGACCUGCUAAAGAUCAAUCGUACAAUUAAAAAUGCAGAGAUGGUCGAACGCGAAUUUAUAAUUCCGGCUAUAGACGAACAUUUGGAACAUUAUGAUGACGACAACAUACAUGACUUUAUCAGUGCGUAUAUCAAGGAAAUGAAGAUAAUGGAAUCACUAGGGGAAACGAACACUAGCAUGGAUAGAGAGAAUCUUCGUAUAGCUAUUACAGACCUUUUUCUCGCGGGAUCUGAGACCACUGGAAGUGCAAUCCGAUGGUUUUUGUUGUGCAUUCUGCAUUUCCCAGAAAUUCAAGAUAAAUGUUUUACAGAUAUAAACAGAAUAGUUGGAUGUAGUCGCCCUGUCUCCUUGAAAGACAAAGUAAACCUUCCUUUCGUAGAGGCCACUAUUAUGGAAACAUUGCGGUUCGGUGAUAUUGCGCCGUUGGGAGCGACUCAUGGUGUUCUGGAGGAUACCACCUUAAAGGGUUAUAGAAUCCCCAAUGGUGCCAUCAUAAUGCCUAAUAUUGAUUCGGUUCUUUCAGAUCCUAUUAUUUGGGGGGAUCCGGAGAAUUUUAGACCAGACCGGUUUCUUGAUGAGCAUGGGAAAAUCACAAAAUCAGAAGAGUUUAUUCCAUACUUCAUUGGACGCAGAAAUUGCAUGGGAGAAUCCUUAGCAAGAAUGGAGCUGUUUCUGUUCAUUUCAAACAUGAUUCAGAAGUUUCAGUUUGUAAAAGCUGAUGACGAACCGCUGCCUUCGUUGGAAGGAGAGUUUGGACUCACUCAUUGUCCUAAACCUUUCAAGAUGCGAGCUAUUCUGAGAGACUAGUUACACACAGAACAAAGUGGUUGAAAACGACGCUGAGGGCUAACAUAUUUUUGCAUUGAACAAUAAAUAAAUUGAUUAUGUUUGUAUAAAUUUGCCAUGUGUUAAAACAAACUUAAAGAUUUGUGUGAUUCAGAAAAAUGCCCAUAAAAGUAUUGAAAUUUUUUUUAAAAUAAUAAUGUAUUACAAUUUCGUCGUUCAGUAAUUUAUAGGUUAUUUCUUUCGUAUUGAUUGUUGAAAUUUUAUAUUAAUUUUACAAGGUAGUAAAGAGCUUCGUAAAUUGACUGUGUGUGAAACUAGCAUGAAAGGUGAUGAUGACAAUAUUUCGACAGUAUUGGAAUCAUAAAAGAGGAAUUAGAACAUGUAGCUACAAAUGCUUGUAAAUGUUUUUACAAUGAUUGUGUAAACGAAUAUACGUCGAAAGAAAAUAAACGCGCAAGUAAAAUUGACAUCAUAAUUUUAGAAUAGAGUUCUGCGAAAAAUGGUGGGAAAAUGUACAUAUUUUCCCUUUCAAGCUAACUACGGACACGGGGCUUCGUUACUUUCAGUACAAGAUAUUUAAAAUUUAUUUUAACCACAAAUAAGCACUUGGUAAUACAUGUACAUGUGUAUAUGGUAUAAAAGAUACAAAUCAAUGUGAAUUGUAUUAUAUGCUUAGUGAAGAUUUAAUGCACCUUUUUUGUUAUGUAACCAUGUUCAGACAUUCCGAAAUACUGUUGUUAACUGGAUAUUCUUAAAAUCUAAAAUCAGACUUCAGGUGUAUGCACAAACAAUUGUUUUAGGCAACCCUAUUAUAAAAAGAUAAUAUUAUAAAUGUAAUACUGCUAAUUGCCAAACAAUACAUAUACAACUCAAAAUACAAAAGUCAGCAACUAAGUUUAACUGGCUUCCAGAAUAGUCUGAACACGUAUUACCAUAUAGAUACGUAUAUUUCCAUAAUAAAUAACAAUAAUCCGAUUUGAAGAAACGUGGAAUUGUUGGACAAAACUAAUUGUAUAUAGUAUAAUGUACAUUUAUUUUUCAGAAUUAUAUAUGAGUACAUUAUAUUUACAGAAUGUA